AUGGAGGUUGAGAGCGAGGGUAGUGGUGCGCAGCAACAGCGUGCUCCACCGGCCGGUAAGCCACCGGAAAACUUGGGCAGGAAACCGACUUUCAAAGAGAAAGUGCUUGGAGCGAGGAAAGCAAGCGAGACUGAGGAGUUUGUAAACUUAGUCACGAAGGGUGUCAUGAAGAUGGAUUAUGCAGAGAACAAUACGUCCUUCCCCAUGUUCUCUAUAGAGCCUACCAUGUAUAGGGAAAUUUGCAAGCCCUGGGAGGAUUGCUUGGUGGUGAAGCUGUUGGGCAAGCAUAUAGGCUACGGAGCACUAUGUGAGAAGCUCAAAUCAAUGUGGAAGCUGACCGGAGGUUAUGAGAUACGGGAUGUCCAUCAUGGAUAUUUCUUGGUUAAAUUCGACAAGGCUGAGGAUAAGGCGAGGGCUAUAUCAGGGGCACCAUGGCUCAUCUAUGACCACUACUUGGCGGUGAAGCCAUGGACGCGGGAUUUUGUGGCAGCAAACUCAAAGAUAAGUACAACAAAGGUCUGGAUUCGCAUCCCAGGAUUAGGGUUUCAGUUUUGUGAUAAGAAUAUCUUGCUUACUUUAGCAUCAGCCGUAGAAACUCCUAUCAAGAUUGAUCUCAACACGAAUGAUAUACAAUGUGGCAAGUACGCUCGUAUCUGUGUCGAGAUUGAUCUCACUAAACCUGUGCUAGGAGUGGUUGGCCUUGAAGGGACAUGGUACCAGAUAGAGUACGAGGGUUUACACCUCCUCUGCCACCAGUGCGGCUGCUAUGGGCAUUUGGCUCGCAAUUGCACCAUGCCUGUGUCGUCUGCAAAACCUGGGCCAGGUGGAGACCAGGCAGCCAUGGUUGUGCCACAGAAGGCUUCUAUUCCGGGAGGAGGGGAGUCGGGGAUACCGGCGGCUGCGGGCCAGAACCUAGCGUUAGAAACCCUACCGCGUCCUGUGGACGUCGUGGGGCAGGGGGGCGUGAAUCCAGCCGUAAUUCCAGCACAACUGCCGAAACCGUUAAUUAAAUGCCCUGAAUUAGCUCAUGGGGAGUGGUUAGUCGUUGAUAAACGAAAGAAGAAAGUCAAGGAUAAUUUGAAUUUGAAUUCAAAUCAGAAGAAAAAUGAUGCAGUUAAGGAGCUUGUAACAGAGGUGGUUAAUAAGGGAAAUAAAAAGCCUUUAUUGGAGGAGCAAAAGAAGGGAAACGGUAAAGGUAACAAAUCAAAACCUGCUACCGUUCUAAUGAAACAGUUGAAACAUUCUACAACUGCACCCAUGCAGUUUAAGGCACGAGCCAUGGCCCCAGAUGUUGGCCUAGAUCACACCAUGGCCCAACAAACCAAGAAAUGA